AUGUCCCGGGAGCCGGAGAUCCUGGAGUCCCGGGUGAUGUGGGAGCCCGACUCCAAGCGCAACACCCAGAUGGACCGGUUCCGGGCCGCACUGGCCGGCGCCUGCGGGCUCCGCCUGGCCAACUACAAUGAGUUGUACCAGUGGUCUGUCGAGUCCUACUCUGAUUUCUGGGCAGAAUUUUGGAAGUUCAGUGAGAUUGUGUUCUCUCGUCUAUAUGAUGAGGUAGUUGACCCAUCUAAGGGAAUUGCAGAUGUUCCAGAGUGGUUUAAAGGCAGUCGGCUCAACUAUGCAGAAAACCUUCUGAAGCAUAAGGAAAAUGACAAAAUUGCUCUCUAUGCGGCGAAGGAAGGCAAAGAAGAAAUCUUGAAAGUCACUUUUGAAGAGCUAAGACAAGAUGUUGCUUUGUAUGCUUCAGCCAUGAGGAAAAUGGGAGUGAAAAUAGGAGACAGAGUUGUUGGUUAUUUGCCCAAUGGUAUUCACGCAGUGGAAGCAAUGCUGGCUGCUGCGAGUAUUGGUGCUAUUUGGAGUUCAACUUCGCCUGAUUUUGGAAUUAACGGCGUACUAGACAGAUUUUCCCAAAUUCAGCCCAAGCUGAUCUUCUCUGUUGAAGCUGUCAUAUACAAUGGCAAAGAACACAACCACAUGGAAAAGCUGUAUAAUGUAGUAAAAGGACUCCCAGAUUUAAGAAAAGUGGUGGUGAUUCCAUAUGUUUCAUCGAGAGAAGUGAUAGAUAUUUCUAAAAUACCAAACAGUGUUUUUCUAGAAGAUUUCCUUGCUACUGGGAAAGGAGACCAGGCCCCCCAGCUGGAGUUUGAACAGCUGCCCUUCAGUCAUCCUCUGUUUAUCAUGUAUUCAUCUGGUACAACAGGAGCACCAAAAUGCAUGGUUCAUUCAGCAGGGGGCACACUAAUUCAGCACCUGAAGGAGCAUAUUCUUCAUGGCAACAUGACCAGCAAUGACGUUAUUAUGUACUAUACAACGACUGGCUGGAUGAUGUGGAAUUGGUUAGUGUCUGCGCUUGCUGCAGGAGCUUCGGUGGUCUUAUAUGAUGGAUCGCCUCUUGUUCCAUCACCCAAUGUGCUCUGGGAUUUGGUUGACCGACUAGGGAUCACCAUCCUUGGAACAGGUGCAAAGUGGCUGGCUGUGCUAGAAGAGAAAAAUUUAAAACCAUGUGACACCCAUAAUCUUCAAACACUUCAUACUAUACUAUCUACAGGGUCACCACUCAAAUCUCAAAGCUACGAGUACGUCUACAAACAUAUAAAGAGCAGCGUCCUCCUGGGAUCCAUUUCAGGUGGAACAGAUAUCAUUUCAUGUUUCAUGGGUCAGAAUGUUACAAUCCCGGUUUACAAAGGAGAGAUUCAGGCCAGGAACCUGGGCAUGGCAGUGGAAGCGUGGAAUGAUGAAGGCAAACCAGUUUGGGGGGAAAGCGGAGAGCUGGUUUGUACAAAGCCUAUGCCCUGUCAGCCUACGCACUUCUGGAAUGAUGAGAAUGGAAACAAAUACAGGAAAGCUUAUUUUUCAAAAUUCCCAGGUGUUUGGGCCCAUGGUGACUACUGCAAAAUAAAUCCUGAGACAGGAGGAAUCGUCAUGCUUGGCCGCAGUGAUGGUACGCUAAAUCCAAAUGGAGUGAGAUUUGGAAGUUCCGAAAUCUAUAACAUAGUGGAAGCCUUUGAGGAGGUUUCAGAUAGCCUCUGUGUCCCUCAGUACAACAAAGAGGGGGAGGAAAGAGUGAUCCUCUUCCUGAAGAUGGCGUCGGACCAGGUGUUCAGUCAGGAUCUGGUGAAAAGGAUUAGGGAUGCGAUACGCAUAGCGCUGUCUGCCAGACAUGUUCCUAGCCUCAUUCUAGAAACCAAAGGCAUUCCGUACACAAUAAAUGGGAAGAAAGUUGAAGUGGCUGUGAAGCAGAUCAUUGCAGGGAAGGACGUUGAUCAGCGGGGAUCUUUCUCAAAUCCAGAGACGCUGGACUUGUACCAAAAUAUUCCUGAGCUUCAGAAUUUCUGA